AUGAUCAUCAAGAAGCGAAGGCUUGAAGGAAAACAUUCAUCCCGCCCCAAAAAAUGGGGGCGGCUUGAAGGAAAACUGGCGGAGACUACUCCGUCGAAGAGCGACGGAGCAGAAGUCCCCGAAGAAAGUUUGAAGAUGGUUUGCGGUGCGUUCUACUUACCCAAAGACAACCCGCUGAAGCCUAUAGGCGAGGACGCUUACUUUAUUUGCGUGGAGAAGCAUGCCAUCGGCGUGGCCGACGGUGUCGGUGGUUGGGCUCAAAAGGGCGUCGACGCCGGCGAGUACGCGCGAGAACUCAUGAAUAAUGCUUUCAUCGCGAUUCAUCAACAAACCGAUGGAGUCGCGGAUCCUAAAAGGGUUCUAAACGAAGCUUUCUUGAAUACCGACGCCGAAGGUUCAUCCACAGCUUGCAUUGCGAUGCUCAAGGACAACAUCUUGCAUUAUAUCAAUGUGGGAGACAGUGGGUUUAUGAUUUUCAGGGCCAAUAAGCUUGCGUAUCAGUCGCCGAUACAGCAACGUUAUUUCAAUUGUCCGUUUCAGUUAGGAAACGGCGAGAAAAGUGAUCGGCCAAGUUCGGCUGCAGAGGAAACAGUCCCGGUCGUCCCCGGAGACAUCAUAGUUCUCGGCACCGAUGGGCUUUUAGACAACGUGUACGCAGCAGAAAUUGAGGAUUUUCUGAAGCAGGAAACUUUAGAGGGUAGUGAAGACCCUUGGCAUUUGGCUUACGCCAUUGCUGUAAACUUGGCGUUGUAUAACUCGCAGGACAAAUUUAGUUACAGCCCAUUCGCAAGAGCGGCUGAGUUGGCAAACAAGAAGCAUGUCGGGGGGAAGAUCGAUGAUAUUACGGUUGUGGUUGCGCGUAUUGUACCACAAAAUUAG